AUGCUCUUUUCCAUUCUCGCCGCCCUCGUCUCUCUCACCCUUAUCCGUGCCGCUGCACCCCCGGAAGACAUUGCAGGGCUUCGCCAUGCCCGUUCGCACUCCUACGACGACGAUUAUGCCUUCAGUCCCGACGAUGGCUGGACGACUAUAUCUGCAGGUGACGAGCCCUACAAGUACCCGAACGAGACCAUGGCAACAUCCCCUGCCGCUUCUGCUCCCAAAGCCCAUACUCCUUCGAAGGAUUAUACAUCCCGCGGUCUCAUCUCGCGCGGCCUGGAUAAGAUCUCGACGUCGCUCAAGUCUAUCAUGAAGGGUCUCCACGGCGAGGGUGAACCACAAGACGUCGUAGUCACUUGGUACACCGGACACGACCUCCAGAACCCCAGUUGCUGGCCGAACUCGGAUUGGGCACCCACGGACGAGUCGUACGCGUGCGCGCUGACGCUGGACGGCUGGAAGGACAAGCCCGCUUGCUUCAGGUUCCUCGAGCUAUGCAACACGCCGAAGAAGUGCGUCUUCGUCCGGGUCGUUGACACUUGCGCCGGGUGCGCCAAGGGCAGCAAACACGUCGACCUCACGCGCGCGGCGUUCGGAGAGUUGGCGGACUACGAUGAGGGCAUUGUGAAGGUCAAGAUGCGCAUGGCAAACGAGCCCGAUACAUGGUCGGAGAAGCUCUGGGGUCCGCAGGUCGGCGGUGGAAAGGCAAAGACGUAUAGUACGAAGAGCAAGGGUAAGGGUAAGAGCAAGAGCAAGAAGAGCUACAAGGGGAAGAAGGGGAAGAAGAAUUAG